ACAAGGGAUUUGACGCGAUCCGUGCUAGGUUUCAGUUUUAGAACAUGCAAUAAUGUUGCAAGUUGUUUGAAUUGCUCAUAUCGUUAUAUAAAGUCGUAUUAAGAGGAAAUGUUGUUUGAAUUAUUGUGAUUCUGAUUAUAUCAAUUUCUCUUCGCUGUUUUACAAAUACUUGCCACUGAAAUUUUAAGAAAUAGUAAUGGACUGGAAGGUUAAGAAGAAUCACCAUGUGACUUAAUGCCCGUUUCUCAGCUGUUUGUGUUUAUAAGUUACUUAUCGACUCAAUUACAUGUCAAAAUGAUAGAAAGGACAGCAUAAUCUUUAAAGACUGUUGUGAAAAACUACAUUACUGAUUGUUCUUAAAAUUAAGUUAGACGUGUUAGAACCAUAGACUUGUACGUAGAUAGUGAACAGAAGGAGAAAUUAGUGUAGAUAUGGCGGGAGCAUUAGAAAACGGUGUAAGCUUGUUGAAUCAUGACCGUCAUGUUGAUGACGAACCAAUGGAGAAUGGUGAGAACCUGUUUGCUCCAGAUAAUGAAGUGGAAAUGGAUGUCCCAAAUAUAACUAUGAAGACUGCCCUUGUGAGCCCAAGCAGUGAAGAAUAUGAAUACAUCUUGGAAACAAUCAAAGACCAGGUAGAGGAAGGGCAGGGGGAGACAAUCUAUGAACUUGGAACUGGGGAGGGAGAUCCACCAGGUCUGAAGGAGGAGGACAUGCAAGCUUCUGUUGCUACACUGAAAAGUAUAGCAGACUCAUUGAAUUAUGAAAUUGUACAACUCAGAGAGAGACAUGAGAAAGAAGGGCUGGUCACUGAGUUUUUACUGAGGAAGAAACUUGAUAUUCAAGAUUUCAUGGAAAUAAGGGUAGCUGUGGUCGGCAAUGUAGAUGCUGGCAAGAGUACGUUACUUGGAGUGUUGACACACGGGGAGCUUGACAAUGGGCGUGGUCUUGCGAGAAUGAAAUUGUUCCGUCACAAACAUGAGAUGGAGUCCGGUAGAACUAGUAGUGUAGGCAAUGAUAUACUGGGGUUUGAUGCUGGAGGGAAUGUUGUCAACAAGUCGGAUCAUGGUCAUCUAGACUGGGUGAAAAUUUGUGAACAGUCAGCAAAGGUGAUAACAUUUAUAGAUCUUGCUGGUCAUGAGAAAUAUUUGAAGACUACAGUAUUUGGUAUGACAGGACAUGCUCCAGACUUUGCUAUGCUCAUGAUUGGAGCUAAUGCUGGUAUCAUUGGUAUGACGAAGGAGCACCUUGGUCUCGCCCUGGCAUUACAGGUUCCAGUUUUUGUUGUUGUGACCAAGAUUGACAUGUGUCCAGCCAACGUGUUAGAUGACACACUGAAAUUGUUACAGAGGAUUCUCAAGUCUCCAGGCUGCAGGAAAAUGCCACUUCUUGUCCAGAAUAAAGAUGAUGUUGUAUGUUCUGCAACAAACUUCUCAUCGGAGAGAAUGUGCCCAAUAUUUCAAGUUUCUAAUGUGACUGGUCAAAAUAUGGACAUGUUAAAAAUGUUUCUUAAUUUAUUAUCAACACGAUUACGAUGUAACCUGGGAAGUCCUGCGGAAUUCCAGAUAGACGAUACAUUCUCAGUACCUGGUGUUGGUACUGUUGUGUCUGGGACUCUGCUACAGGGGUAUGUGAAGCUGAAUGAUACUCUCAUGUUGGGGCCUGACCCCCUCGGACAGUUUCAACCAAUGGUGAUCAAGAGUAUACACAGAAAGAGAAUGCCGGUGAAGGAGGUUAGGGGUGGACAAACAGCAUCAUUCGCUCUCAAAAAGAUAAAGAGGUCCUCAAUACGCAAGGGUAUGGUGAUGGUUUCCCCAAAACUGAACCCCCAGGCAUGCUGGGAGUUUGAGGGAGAAAUUCUUGUAUUACAUCACCCUACAACCAUCAGUGUCAAGUACCAAGCUAUGGUUCAUGUUGGAAGUGUGCGGCAGACAGCAACAAUUAUUUCAAUGACAAGUGAACAUUUACGGACAGGUGAUAAAGCAAUUGUUAGGUUUAGGUUUAUAAAGAAUCCAGAGUACCUGCGUCCAGAUAUGAGAAUGGUUUUCCGUGAAGGUCGGACAAAGGCUAUAGGUACAAUUUCAAAAUUGUACCCACAUGUGCGGGCAGUGGCCCAGAAUACGCGGCAACACAGAGCGCAAAAGAAAGCACAGGAGGCGGGGCAUGGUGGCAUCCGUAUGCCACAGAAUGAACCUCAAAAGCCAUCUAAGAAACGACGAGGCACAAAAAAGAAAGUGACAGAGUAUCUUGAUGUGAAGGAAAAUGAUCUAGAAACUGCUUCACCUGAAGUGUAAAGUGAUUCUAUUAAUAAUAACAUGAAGAAAUUGAUGAUCAAAUUCUAGUACUGCGGUAAUUUCACUACAGUAUCUGCUGUGGAGUCUAGUAUUGCUUUCAAAGAUAUGUUGUUGUGAAAAUUAAAUGUCUAGAAGGUGGAGAUUCCAAGGAAUUCUCAUUUUAACUGCAUCAUGGGAAAAAGUACCAGAUGGUGAAUUUUAGAAAAAGUUUAGAUUUUUAUUGAUACAACUUCCCUAUUUAAUUAUUUUUCUGUUCAUUGAAUAUUUUAUUUAUAUUUUUAUCAGAUUAUUUUGCCUUUAAAAAAGCCUUAGUGUCAGUUUUGCAUCUGUGAAAACAUCUUUUUUUACACUUUUCAACUUGCAAAGCUGGUACUUUCUCCUAUGUCGCUAUUCUUUUUUAUCAUGAAAAUCCGACAGCUAUAUGUCAGGGACUGUGUAUGUUGCCAUGGUAUGUUACCAAGAAACAUGGUGGCUGUGAAAGCUUUCUAUGUAGUUUAUAUUUUACCAAAGACUGUCAUAAACCAGAACCAUCCACAUAAAAUACCUGGAGCAGUUACUAUAAUUUAUCUUUCACCAUUGUCAUUAGUGAUAUUUCGUCCCACCACAGAUGGGGAAAUUCAUAGUUUUUCCUGGCUGUAUAAAGUUGUUUUAAGUGAUCUCUUCUCAUCAGAUUUUUAAUUCAGGAAUUUUUCUUACUUCUGAAAGGCAGUUUUCAUUAUAUGUUUGACGUGUUGAUUUUUUUAACCAUGAGAUCAGUGUAUACACAUGAACAUCUUAACUUUUCAUAUAUAGCCAGUAAGACAGUCAGGCAAUGUAAAAACGUUAUUAUAAAUUUUUUUUUUUAAUUCUGUGGUUGGUAAUUGUAUUGCUUUUGUAGUUUUGUAACAACUGAUUAUGUAUCUAUUAUCUGUAAGAACAGUUGAAAUUUGCUUCAAAGUGUUGCAUGUAAGUGUGUUCUGCUACCGAAUUUAAUAGUUUUAAAUCUUUUAAACUUCCAUCAGGCUAUAAAUAGAUAGGUUGCAGAAUCAACAGGAAAUGUUAGAAAAGAAAGCCAGAAAGUUAACAUAAGUGGAAAUGUUAGCCGAGACUCUUUUUUAGCUCAUCUGAUUUUUUGAAAAAAAAUGAUGAGUUAUUGUCAUCACUUGAGCGGUUGUCGGCGUCGGCGUCGGCGUCGGCGUUGCCUGGUUAAGUUUUAUGUUUAGGUCAGCUUUUCUCCUAAACUAUCAAAGCUAUUGCUUUGAAACUUGGAAGACUUGUUCACCAUCAUAAGCUGACCCUGUAUAGCAAGAAACAUAACUCCAUCUUGCUUUUUGCAAGAUUUAUGGCCCCUUUUGUACUUAGAAAAUAUCAGAUUUCUUGGUUAAGUUUUAUGUUUAGGUCAACUUUUCUCCUAAACUAUCAAAGCUAUUGCUUUGAAACUUGGAAUACUUGUUCACCAUCAUAAGCAGACCCUGUACAUCAAGAAACAUAACUCCAUCUUGCUUUUUGCAAGAAUUAUUGCCCCUUUUGGACUUAGAAAAUCAGUUUUCUUGGUUAAGUUUUAUGUUUAGGUCAGCUUUUAUCCUAAACUAUCAAAGCUAUUGCUUUAAAACUUGCAACACUUGUUCACCAUCAUAAGCUGACCCUGUACAGCAAGAAGCAUAACUCCAUCCUGCUUUUUGCAAGAUUUAUGGCCCCUUUUGGACUUAGAAAAUAUCAGAUUUCUUGGUUAAGUUUUAUGUUUAGGUCAACUUUUUCUCUUAAACUAUCAAAGCUAUUGCUUUGAAACUUGCAACACUUGUUCAUCAUCAUAAGCUGACCCUGUACAGCAAGCAACAUAACUCCAUCCUGCUUUUUGCAAUAAUUAUUGCCCCUUUUGGACUUAGAAAAUCAUUUUCUUGGUUGAGUAUUAUGUUUAAGGCAACUUUUCUCAUAAACUAUCAAAGCUAUUGCUUUAAAACUUGCAACAGUUUUUCACAAUCAUAAGUGGACACUGUACAUCAAGAAACAUAACUCUAUCCUGCUUUUUGCAAGAAUGAUGGCCCUUUUUAGACUUAGAAAAUCAUGGGUAGGACAAUAUUUCUAUUAUACAAAAAAAAUCAGAUGAGCGUCAGCACCCGCAAGGCGGUGCUCUUGUUUAACUAUUUCAUUCAGUAUCAGAGUUUUAGAUUUCUUGUGUAAAUGGGGUAUCCAUCUUGUGUCUAGAAUUUUUAAUCAUAUUUCUGUAACCUUCAAGAUGUCAGAAUUUUAAAGUAACAGAAUUUUUAUUUAAUCUGAAAUUACAUGGCUAGGAAAUAUUUAAUGUUGAUUUCAAAACCAUGUACAUUUAAGUAUAGGGAACCACUUAGGAUUUUUAAAUGUCAAUUAUCCCUCUGACUUUCCAUAAAGAAUAUCUACUCCUUAAAGCAUGAAGCCAGCCUCAACCAAACUUCACAGGAAUGUUCCUCGGAUGAUCACCCUUUCAGAUUUCUUUAAUUCAAAGUCAUCCAUGCAGAAUUCAAAAAUCCCUGCAAAUGGCUGUCUUGAUUUUGAUAUAAUUCCACAACAUUGGUAAGUGACUCUUAACAAAUUACUUGAAAUAAUUGCACAUACAUGUGCAUGUGUUGAGAUCUCAGCUCCUCUGAUGAUAUCACCGGUGCGCUUACUGAUAUUAGAAUGCUUUUCACACAGAAAGCUGAUUUUUUACCCCCAUCUUAACUGCCAUGCCCAUGCAUAGUCUAUUGUAUUCAUAUUCUGGCAUUUCAAAACAGCUAAAGUGGCAUUACACCCAAUGUUGAAGAAAUUCAUUCUAUAUUGUAUAUACCAUAAGUUUUUUUUUCUAUGUUCAUGAAAAAAUUCCAAAACAAAACCAAAUGCAUUAAAUUGUUUUUGAUAAAUAAAAUGGUUUCAAGCA